AUGAAAUUCUCGGCAUUUCUUGGAGUUCCGCUCUUUGGGCAGAGAGUUAAUGAGAAAGAGUUCUUUGGAGAAAAAGCACAACCUCUCGUUGUUGAUUGCAGCGUGGACAAAAUUGACAUUUCUGUGGAUCGAAAUUUGCUGCUUGAAGAUUUCAGCGACUUGAGGAUUAGGAUUGAUGGCUUUUGGGAAUCAAGCUAUUGCCAGAGCUGGGAAUCGUCAACGCACAAUUUUUACAGGGCCAGUUUGGGCAGUUGUGGCUUCAACAGACAGACGAAUGAUACUCACGUGACGUAUUCAAAUCUUCUCAAAGUGAACUUGAUGGAGCAAGAUCCCAAAAGAAUUGUGAUGUAUUCUGGGAAGAAUUAUGUGUUUCCAAUCGAGUGCUCUUAUAACACGAAUCUAAGGACGGGAUUCAAUUUUGAUGUUGAGGAUCAAUCCGCAAGCAUGAUUCAGUUUCCCUCAAUAUCCGGCGAGGGUGUUUUUCGAACAGCUAUGGUAUUGUAUCAAGACGGAACCUUUACAAAUCCCCUUCCAUCCGAAGUGACUGUAAAUACAAACGAGAUUCUCAAUGUAGGCGUGUUCCUUGUCGACGCAGAAGAAGGAGACAAUUACAGAAAAUUAAAAAUUAACAAUUGCUGGGCGAGUCCGACCAACUCGUCGCAAGAUCCGAUUCAAUUCGAUCUCAUUCAAGAUGGAUGUGCUGACAACGAAGUCGUCAAAAUUAUGGAAAACGGGGAGAGCUCGCAAGCGCGAUUUACCUCGGAAGUUUUUGGUUUUGCCGGAUAUCAGAGGGUCUAUCUCUUUUGCGACAUUUCUAUUUGCUUUGAAAACUGUAUAAAGAGCUGUCUUGAGUCUCAAAAUCGAAGAAAACGGCGAGCUGCAAUCAACGAUGACAACCAAGUUUUAUCACUAGGGCCAAUUGUCAUUAACGAAGUCGAAAAUCACAAGCUACCAACAAGUCCUGAAAGAAAAAUUGCUGUUCUGAAAAUGGUGAGUUUGAGUGGCGGACUUCUUUGUCUCGGUCUUUUGAUAUGCGGAAUAGGAAUUGGUCGAAAUUUGGAAAUCAAAGACUCAAUUAUCCAAUAA